AUGCAUAGAUAUGAUAAUGCAAUUUAGAUUUUAGAUCAAGUAUUGAAAACAAUCAAAUAAGUGCUAAUCUCUUGUUUGGAAAGGUUACAAACAAUUCGAGUUAUUUAGGCGACUGUCUAAAUCAAGUGGUUUGUUUCAGUUCUAUAAAAUUAUUAUACAAUAAAUACCAAGCAAAUGGCUUAUAUAUAAGGCUAUUUUGAUGAAUCAAAAUUUUCCAUAUGUUCAAAAUCAGAUAGGGAAAUAAAUGUGUUGAUGUAACUGGAUCUGUAAAUUAACAAAAGAAAUAGUAAUAAUGAAUCAAAUGAUAAUUUGAAAAUAGUAAUGAUCAUCAACAUUAGUUAUUAAAAUAAUUUUCAUCAUCUCUUAUUUUGUCAAUAAAUUUUCUAAUUAUUGUAUUUGAAAUUAUUAGAGAACUUGCAGUUGACAAUUGAAUAUAUGCAAAACAGGAAUUAAAAUAAAGUGCUAAAAAACUCUAAAGUAAAAUUUUUAUAACUCCAUUAGAAUUAAUUAAUAGAAGAGCAGAUUAAAGCGCAAAAAAUCAUCUUAGAAAUAGUUAUAUUAUUUGAAGAUUGGUUGAGUGAUUACUAUCAAUAUGCCCAGAGAAAAUAUAGAGUAAAAAUAAAGUCUGCAAUUUUAUGCAUCCAAGAUGAUUUGUCGGAAUUUUUACUAGCAAUUAAGUAGUAACUAUUAGAAAUUUUUCCUAAUAGUAUUUCAAAGAUGCUCUAAAUGAUAUCAAUUGAUGGAGUUUUUAUUAUUAAUCUAUGCCCAGAGUCUGAUUUCAAAAACAGCAAUUGCUACUAUCUACGCAGAGUUUGGGUAUCAAAGAGAAAAUAUUUGCAUUAAAAUACUUACAAAGUAUUGAUCUUGUAAAUGGGAAAGUGA